GCUUUAUAAGUUAUAUUAUCAUCUUUUCACACCAGAAUAAAUAAUUUUAUAUGACGAUAUAUUCGCCAAGAAAAUCAUUAAUCCUCGUGGCUUUCUUUGUCAUAUCGUAAUCUUUAAAGAAUUUCCUGAUCACUGCCACCAUGCACGCGCAUUCUCUCUCCUUAUAUAACCAUCUCUUCCACCCUGUUCAUCGUCUCUCUCUCUCUCUCUCUCUCUCCUCCCUUUUUCUCUCUAAACAACCUCCAUCCAAUCAUUCUUCAUUCAGCAGAAUGUAUCAAUGGAGUCAUAAACCAGUCAGAGAAACCAAAACAAGAAAAAACCCUGAAAACCCUUCAUUUUCUUCAACCCUACUUGAUGAAAUCUACCGUUCUAUGGAAUCCGGCGAAGACAAACCCGGUGGCAGAUCGAGAGGUAGCAGUGCGGUGGAGGACGAAGGAAUCGCAACUCUCCGGCGAGCGUUUUUGGUUCAGAAAUGGAUGGAUAUGAAAGUAAACGCGAAAAACCUCACACCCCGCCGUAGGGCUUCCUCAUUGCCGGAAUAUUCUAACCGGAAGUCGUCGGUGAAUGAUAAUAUUAAUGACCCUUUUUUCUUUAAUCAUUCAGUAGCUUUUUCUAAAUCACCAAAACCUUCUUGUUUUCGUCCUUUCGGGCCGAAACCGAUCAAAACCGAACCUUUUCCGGUGAAACAUCGGCAGCCGAUAUCACCAGGACGUAGACUGGCCACUUUUCUCAACUCUAUAUUAACAAAUGUUCAUAUAAAGAAACCGAAAGAUUUGAAGGAUGGGAAGAUGGAAAGAACAUCGAAAUCGACAUGUUCAUCGGCUUCUUCGUUUACAAGAUCAUGUUUAAGCAAGAGUUCUCCAAGAUCAAGGGAGAAGCUUAACAAUGGGAUAAGAAGAACGGUAAGGUUUUAUCCGGUGAGUGUGAUAAUUGAUGAAGAUUGUCGUCCAUGUGGUGAGAAGUUUAUUUAUAGUGAACAAGAUUUUAUGAAGGUUCAUGUGACAACAAUGUGUGACAAUAGGUUUCAUGAUGAUGAAGAAGAAGAAGACGGUGAUUUUGAUGACAACGAUAACGGUAAUGAUAAUUACAAUGAUAAUAAUGAUGAUGUCAGAAGUGACGUAAGUUCGGAUUUGUUCGAACUUGAUCACUUGUCUAUUUUGAAAGAGUGUGAUGAACUUCCGGUGUAUGGAACUACUCAUUUUGGUACCAAUCGUGCUAUUGCUAACGGGUUAAUUUGCUGAUGAUAUUGUUGAAUAUGUUUUAUGAGAUUGAAAUGUAUAUGUGAUUAUAGGUUUUGAGUUUUUAACAAUUUUAUUGGAAAGUAUAAGUGUAACAAUUAUUUUAAACUUAUUAUAUUAUUGAAUAAAUAUAUAUGAUGUAUGAUCAUUA